GGCCCUAGUGGUGCAGGAACUCAGGGACUGUGGGACACUGGCCGUUUUCGCGGUUUGGGCUGGACGGAAAGGACUGUCCUGCCCUCUUGGUCGCCGCUGUCGGGAAGGGCUGCAGAGUGUCUGCGAGCCCGGCGGCCCAGGAGCGGACCCCGCCUCGCCUUUCCUGUCUAGCCCCUAUUCCGCGGAGCCGGUCGCGCGCGUUUCUUGCGCGACGGUCCCCGGCUCGGGCCGCCUGGUCCGGCCCUGGAGGCCGGAGUCCCGCGGCCUGCGCCGGGUCGGUGCAUACCCAGCGGCGGCGGAUGGGCGGCCCGGGAUCUCAGGGCUGGCUGCUGGCAGGAUGGACACCCUGGAGGAGGCAACUUGGGCCAAUGGGAGCACAGCGCUGCCCCCACCCCUGGCACCAAACAUCAGUGUACCUCAUCGCUGCCUGCUACUGCUCUACGAAGACAUUGGCACCUCCAGGGUCCGGUACUGGGACCUCAUGCUGCUCAUCCCCAAUGUGCUCUUCCUCAUCUUCCUGCUCUGGAAGCUUCCAUCUGCUCGGGCCAAGAUCCGCAUCACCUCCAGCCCCAUUUUUAUCACCUUCUACAUUCUGGUGUUCGUGGUGGCGCUCGUAGGCAUUGCCCGCACCGUGGUGUCCAUGACGGUGAGCACAUCGGAUGCUGCAACUGUUGCUGAUAAGAUCCUGUGGGAGAUCACCCGCUUCUUCCUGCUGGCCAUCGAGCUGAGUGUGAUCAUCCUGGGCCUGGCCUUCGGCCACCUGGAGAGCAAGUCCAGCAUCAAGCGGGUGCUGGCCAUCACCACGGUGUUGUCCCUGGCCUAUUCCGUCACCCAGGGGACCCUGGAGAUCCUGUACCCUGAUGCCCAUCUCUCAGCUGAGGACUUUAACAUCUAUGGCCAUGGGGGCCGCCAGUUCUGGCUGGUCAGCUCCUGCUUCUUCUUCCUGGUCUACUCUCUGGUGGUCAUCCUCCCCAAGACCCCGCUGAAGGAGCGCAUUUCCCUGCCUUCUCGGAGGAGCUUCUAUGUGUAUGCGGGCAUCCUGGCGCUGCUCAACCUGCUACAGGGGCUGGGGAGUGUGCUGCUGUGCUUGGACAUCAUCGAGGGGCUCUGCUGUGUAGACACCACAACCUUCCUGUACUUCAGCUUCUUCGCUCCCCUAAUCUAUGUGGCCUUCCUCCGUGGCUUCUUCGGCUCGGAACCCAAGAUCCUCUUUUCCUACAAAUGCCAAGUGGAUGAGACAGAGGAGCCGGACGUACACCUACCCCAGCCCUAUGCUGUGGCCCGGCGGGAGGGCCUGGAGGCUGCAGGGGCUGCUGGGGCCUCAGCUGCCAGCUACUCGAGCACGCAGUUCGACUCUGCUGGCGGGAUGGCCUACCUGGACGACAUCGCUUCCAUGCCUUGCCACACUGGCAGCAUCAACAGCACGGACAGUGAGCGUUGGAAGGCCAUCAAUGCCUGAGAGUGGCUGUCAGAGCCUGCAGAGGACAGGCCAGAGAGGAGGCCAGAGGGCCCAGAGUCCCUGGGGGAGAAGGACCAGGUUGCGGGACCUUCUGUGGGCGGAAGCCCUGUGCAGCUCUGUUCCCACCGUGAGUCUGGAGGCCCCCGCCUCCCUGGGGCUCCUGAUCCCCUUUGCCAUCUCUGCUCUCACUGGGGACCCUCCUCCCCUUCUCACCUGCUGUCAUCCUGCUCAGCCACAUGGCCCAGGCUUUCCUUCCAGGGCCAUGCUUGGCAAGGCUGGCCAAGGGCACCCUCAUUCUCUGCACCCUUGGCACAAGGGCAGGGCUGGCUCUCCCAAUGCCUCCAUCCCAUCAUGCCUCCUCAAAGCCCAUCAUGGUGGAUGGACUGAAGUGUGUAUAUUUUCUUGAUCUAUUUUUUAAUAAAAAGGAAAAGGAACAGAAGGUGUUGAUGUGGAGGUUUAGCAGGAAUACCAAAACCUUUCGGAGGCUGGUUUCUCCUAGGAGCCUGAGGACUGGGUGAAGGGCUGGGAGGCUCAGGGGGCCUCUGUUUGCUCAACCAAGGAACAGUCCCCAGUAACCAAGCCCCAGGCUGGCUGCUGGGGAGGCAUAGAGAAACAGGAUCCCAGCCACCCCUGCUCCUGGGCUCAUCUGUCCGCCCGGGGGACAGACAUGAAGAGAGAGGAGAACUGUGUUUCUUCGAGCCAGCACCUGUCUCUGCUGUGUCGGAGACACACACUUUCCUUAGGCAGCUGCUUCCCUCUGCUCAGCUCCAGUAAAUCUCAGAAUGGACUUACCAUGCCGUCUGUAAAAUGGGGAGAAGACGAUCUGUCCUGCAGGGGCUUUUGUAAGGACUGGAAAACAGUAAGUGCAAGUGGCUGGCAUACUGUAAAGAACAAUAAGGGUGGCUCUUAUUUUUAGCCUCCAGAAUAGUGCUUGGUGUGUAGUAGACCCUCAGCAGACAGGAUGCAGGGAAUGAUGUUUGUCAUAAGGAUGGGUGUGGUUGGCUGAAAAUGUGAGUAAAUCAGAACAAAACACUGGGAUCAUGAGAUGUGAGUAGGGGAGAGAGCCCCGCGUAUCCCUGCCACUACCCUUGUACCUGAGUUUGGCUUUGAACUUUUUGGCAGCUGGAGUGAAAGGGAGUUGCUGCCAGUUAUGUAAUUCCCAGUGUUGGAGAGGAGGGUCCCACCCAGGACCCAGCCAACUGCAGGCUUCCUUCGGAGCCUGGGGAGGUCUCAGCCCCAGCUGUGAGGGCCAUGAGGGUCAGGCUAUUGCCUGUCUCCAAGAUUAGCCUUUUUUUGGUGUGGGGAAUGGGGUGCUGAGGGUACCAGUUCCAACACAGCUCAUGUCUGUGGGGCAACAUGUCAGGCGCGCUGGGAUCCAGGACCCGGAGGGUUGGUAGUGGGCAGGGCACUACCACCUUGGUGGUAUGGCCGGUGAGCUGAACUCCUGGGCUGCAGUGGGUACUGUAAGGUGCCCCUGAGUGGCACACUUUGCUGUGGCCUCUCAGCUCAUGUAAAAGCCUGGUAAUUUAGGGAAGGCAAGCUCACAGGGCAUGCUGAGUGGGGGUUGGGGGCCAAUGGGGAUUUGACCAUCAAAUCCACAUGCGGUCCAAGAUGGCAAAGAGUCAGCUGAGGUUUGCUGGGUGCAGUGAAAGAGCAGAGAGGCAUCAACAGAAGAAAGACCAUUUUUGUUCUGUUUUUAAGUUUGUUUUUUAAAAAUAGGCCAUAUAUGUACAUGGCAAAAAACAAAAAAAACAAAGGUUCAUGCCAUACAGGAGGGUAUUUGGUGGACGAUAAAUUUCCCUGUGUUGCACUGAGUUUCUCUGUUCCCCACCCCUGCGAAGCACCCAGGGUCUUCAUAACCUUCCAGAGCCAUCCCGCGUUCACACCAACGGUGUGUAUGUCAUCCUUAUUUCUGUAAUGUUAACGUUCUGUAGCUUGCUCCAAUGCAUCUUGGAGGUGAUUCCAUGUCAAGUAGAGGACGGCUUCACUCCUGAAGCUGCAUACAUAUGGAUAUAUGGCAAUUUAUAAACCAGUUCCCUUGGGUUGGACUUUUGUUUCUGAAAGAUUUUGCAACAACAAACAAGGCAACUUCAACAAUCCUUGUAAAUUUGCUUUGGUAACUCAUGCAAGUAGAAUUGCUGAAGCACACACUCUUAAUUAGUUUUAAUUACUCUUAUUAGUCUUCUGCAGAGAUUGAUAGUUGUCCUCCAAUAUAUGUUGUUGUUUUCU